AUGAUACCGACUAAAAAAUGUAUUGUUAUUACGAUUUCCAACAGUCCUUUGGUGCAAGUAACAUCAUCAUCGUCAAUAACUUCAACAUUAACAUGUGGGACAUUCCAACAAAAGAUUCAGAAUAAAAAAACCGUGGCAAACAGUGAUCCUCAUGGAGCUGUAUGCAAUACUAUAUUAAUUGAUAACAAACCGUAUAAAUUGGUUAAGGAUCCAGGGCCAUCAGGGCCGGUGGGAGCAGUUUUUAUGCAAACUAUACCCAUUAGUCCUUUGGUGCAAGGAACAGCAUCGUCGUCAAAUAAUUCAACAUCAACAAUAACAACAUGUCAAUCAGUUAAUGGGCCAUCAGAUCAAAUGAGAGCCACAGACAAUGAUACUUUUAUAUCACCACCAACUGUUAUUAUCAGAUGCGACGAGAGACAUUGCAACAAAUCUGCAACAAUAACUUGUAAAUGUAGAAAGGUGAACUACUGUUCUCAUAGCUGCAGAGAAUGGCACUGGGUUGUUCAUUAUACUGACUGUGAAGAAAGGCUGACUCGACCCUAA